AGAUGCUCUGAUUCAACACUGGGAGCACUUGCUCAAUUUCUUCUUAGCUCUUGAGUGUGCCACAUUAGAGAUCUUUAUUUACCUAAAUCAAAAUGAAAGAGUUAAUCUUACUGGGGCUUUAUCUGCUUGGAUCUGCCAAAGGAGCCCCACCAGGUCAGCCUGAGGAGCUUCUUGACUCUGUAGACCAACAAGCCUCGGUUCAGCAACUUUCAAGUGGGUAUCUCUCACUCGCAAAUCCUUCAGAUGCCGAGGCUUUGCAUGAAACUCCUUUAGGUGAGAAGACUCUGAGUGGUCAUAGUUCCAGUGAACACGAAUCAAGUGAGCAUGCUGUAGCUGACCAUUCUGCAGGUGGGCACUCUUCAGGAGAACAGUCUUCAGAACACAUUUCAGGUGACCACAUGUCAGGAGAGCACUUGUCAGAACACACUUCAGGGGAGCACACUUCCACCGAGCACACUUCAGGUGAACAACCUGCAACUGAACAGUCCUCAAGUGACCAGCCCUCCGAAGUAUCUUCAGGUGAACAAGUUUCAGGUGACGAGGCAGGUGAACAGAUGUCUGGUGAGACCAAUGACAAAGAAAAUGAUGUUAUGAGUACACCACUUCCAAGCACAUCUGCAGGCAUAACAAUAAAUUGCCACGCAUGUGCUUAUAUGAAUGAUGAUGCAAAAUGUCUCCGUGGAGAAGGAAUAUGCACCACUCAAAACUCCCAGCAGUGCAUGUUAAAGAAGAUCUUUGAAGGUGGAAAACUCCAGUUCAUGGUUCAAGGGUGUGAGAACAUGUGCCCAUCUAUGAACCUCUUCUCUCAUGGAACAAGAAUGCAAAUUAUGUGCUGUCGGAAUGAACCUCUCUGCAACAAGGUCUAGAUGCCUAUGCCCUACUUCUCGCUCUGACUUAGGCAGCUUCACCACUCUACUUGGCUCAAUUUAUAUUCAACUUCAACAACUAAUCACACCAGGCUCUGCCAGACCACCAGAUAAGAAGCUCAAACCCUGUCUUUAUUGAUACCCCAUUGCCUAUGUCCUCUGCCUUACUUUGCUCCCAUCCUUCCACAGAUGUUCUUUUUUUUUUGCAAUAAAUUGCUAU